GCUGGCCCUCACCCUGGGCGGGGGGUUGGGCCAGCAGCUUCUCAGCACUAGGAUCAUGACUCUGAGCAAACCAUGUUUACCAGAGCAGCGAAGGACCUAUUUAUAGCCUCAGCUGCUGCUUUCUCUGGCUCACGGUGGCGGGGGCAGGGUGGCUCCUCAGAGCAAGGGAGGUAGUCGGGUCGAGGGAACCUAGCUUUGCCCAGGUGCCACUGCCCAAACCCCUGGGCCCCAUCCAUGGCAAGAGAGACCUUCCCCUUCACCUCCUCCACGCUGCGCUCUCUCCGCCUGCAGCGGGAGUGGCUGGAAUGGGAGGACCGGCGGCGGGCGGCUGCCCAGCAGUGCCGGAGCCGCAGGUGCCCAUCAAGUCCCCGGGCCCGACUCACUAGGCCUCACCGUUCCUGCCGAGACCCAGCUGUCCACCAUGCCCUCUUCUCUGGCAACCUGCAGCAGGUCCAAGCCCUGUUCCAAGAUGAAGAGGCCGCCAACAUGAUUGUGGAGACUGUGAGCAACCAGCUGGCCUGGUCGGCUGAACAGGGGUUCUGGGUGCUGACCCCCAAGACCAAGCAGACGGCACCCCUCGCCAUCGCUACAGCCCGAGGCUACACAGACUGUGCUCGACACCUGAUCCGGCAGGGAGCUGAGCUGGAUGCCCGCGUCGGAGGUCGCACUGCCUUGCAUGAGGCCUGUGCCCGGGCCCAGCUUGACUGUGUGCAGCUGCUGCUGACCUUUGGAGCCAAGGCUAAUGUGCUGACUGAGGAGGGCACGACUCCUUUGCACCUCUGCACGAUCCCCGAGUCUUUGCAGUGCGCCAAGUUGCUGCUGGAAGCGGGAGCGACAGUGAACCUGGCAGCAGGCGAGAGCCAGGAGACGCCCCUGCACGUGGCGGCGGCGCGCGGCCUGGAGCAACAUGUGGCUCUGUACCUGGAGCAUGGCGCCGACGUGGGCCUGCGCACCAGCCAGGGCGAGACUGCGCUGAACGCGGCGUGCGCUGGGGCCGAGGGCCCAGGUAGCUGCAGGCGGCACCAGGUUGCGGCGCGCCGGCUUCUGGAGGCUGGAGCUGAUGCCCGGGCGGCCGGGCGCAAGCGCCACACGCCGCUGCACAACGCUUGUGCCAACGGCUGCGGGGGCCUGGCCGAGCUGCUGCUGCGCCACGGGGCCCGCGCUGAGGUCCCCAAUGGGGCGGGCCACACGCCCAUGGAUUGUGCGCUGCAGGCCGUCCAGGACGCCCCCAACUGGGAGCCCGAGGUCCUCUUCGCCGCACUGCUGGACUACGGGGCCCAGCCAGUGCGCCCUGAGAUGCUGAAACACUGCGCCAACUUCCCUCGGGCCCUGGAAGUCCUGCUUAAUGCCUAUCCUUGCGUCCCAUCCUGUGAGACGUGGGUGGAGGCGGUGCUCCCAGAGCUGUGGAAGGAGCACGAAGCCUUCUACAGCUCAGCCCUGUGCAUGGUGAACCAGCCAAGGCGGCUGCAGCACCUGGCCCGACUAGCUGUGCGCGCUCGGUUGGGAAGCCGCUGCCGGCAGGGUGCCACCCGGCUGCCACUGCCCCCGCUCCUCAGGGACUACCUGCUGCUGCGUGUGGAGGGGUGCAUCCAGUGAGCCCCAUGUCAGGCUGUCCCAUGGUGUGUUCUGCCCCUCCCACCUGUCCCCGCCUCCAACCCCGGAGGACCAGUUCCUGGCCCUCUUUUCUUUUCUUUUCGAGACCUAGUCUCACUCUGUUGCCCAGGCUGGAGUGCAGUGGCGCUAUCUCGGCUCACUGCAACCUCCACCACCUAGGUUCAAGCGAUUCUUGGGCCCCAAACUUCCGAGUAGCUGGGACUACAGGCAUGAGUCACCACACCUGGCUGAUUUUGGAUUUUUAAUAGAGACAGGGUCUCACCAUGUUGGCCCAGGCUGGUCUUGCACUGACCUCAGGUGGUCCACCCGCCUCGGCCUCCCAAAGUGUUGGGAUUACAGGCAUGAGCCACUGCGCCCGGCUGCCUGCCCCUCUUUUCUGUACUCCACGUGCUGUCCUGGUCCACCUCACUCCUCCAUGGGCUUCUUGAGACACCUGCUGACCUCUAGCCGGACCUGAGCUUCAGACCCUCUCUCCAACAGGAAGGACUGCAGACUCGGCCUGUUCCCAGACUCGGCCUUCACCUCCCUCCUCCUCCUGUGUUUAAGUGGAUGGCCCCUCUAUCCAUCCAGGUCCCAUGCCAAGAACCAGUGAUUCUAGUGGCCCACCACCUCCCUCUCCUGCCAUCCUUAUACCUGUUCAGCCUCCUAAAGAGGGACAAACUCUGUCUCUGAGUGCACUGGCUUGCCUGCCCUGCCUUUGUCACUCCAAGGGAGGUCUUGAGACCCAUGCCCUGAAUUGGUGCUGGAAUGGUGUUUGGGAGUCAAACUCUGAUCAUGCCCUCCAGUGGCUCCUCUCACACUAAAAUCAAAACUCAGUAAAACAAGCCGGGUGCGGUGGCUCACACCUGUAAUCCCAGCACUUUGGGAGACUGAGGCGGGAGGAUCACCUGAGGUCAGGAGUUCGAGACCAACCUGACCAACAUGGUAAAACCCUGUCUGUACUAAAACUACAAAAAAUUAGGCCAGGCGCAGUGGUCCAUGCCUGUAAUCCCAGCACUUUGGGAGGCCAAGGUGGGCGGAUCAUGAGGUCAGGAGUUUGAGACCAGCCUGGCCAACAUAGUGAAACCCUGUCUCUACUAAAAAUACAAAAAUUAGUCGGGCAUGGUGGCGGAUGCCUGUAAUCUCAGCUACUCAGGAGGUUGAGGCAGGAGAAUCACUUGAACCCGGGAGGUGGAGGU